GAAAUCGCUAAAGAAAAAGAGAAAAAUAGACGUAUUUUAUGUCAGUCAAAUAAAGACCAUCUUGCAAGAGAAAGUUUAAUAGAACUAGAUGUCCAACUUGAAGAUGAUGAAGGUGAAAUAAGAAUAGAUAGUCAGCUUGAAGAUGGCAAAGGUGAAAUAGAAAUAGAUAGUGAUAAAGGUGAAAUAGAAAGUCAGCUUGGAGGUGCCAAAGGUGAAUGUGAGCUCGAAGGCCAAUUGGAAAGUUAG